AUGGGCAAGAUGAUCAAUCCGAUAAAGGCUUGGCUGACACCUGUAUUUUCAACGAGGUAUUCGAUGCUAUGGACGAGCAACUCUGCGCAGACCGCAACGAGGCCAGUGGACACCACUAGGAGAGUGACAGAAGCUGUGCAGGACAAGCGAAACGAUCCUUUAGUCUCGGUUUCAAGCCCGUUGGGAUUCUGGGAUGGAGUCAUGCGGGAUUUGCAAGCGGCCAGGAAGCGAAUUCGCACGCCUCAGACUACAUUCAUUGUCAUGGGAACUGCGCUGGCUGCCGGAGGGACUCAUGGAAGGAGAUUGUGUGGAGCGCAAUUGUGGCCUGUUUGUAAAAACUCGCGGAAGAACCGGGCGGGUAGACAGGCUGCGUACAGCGAACGGUCGUCUUGUAGUUGCUGGCUCGGCAAAAUUGGCGAUAUCAGCGACAAAGUUAACCUGCCUUCUGACCCGCAAAAUCCCGAGAAAUGGGUUGGGUAA